UAUAUUAAUCAGUCAAUAAGUCUGAAAUUGUGUUAUCAAUGACUUAUUAAACUUUAUAAUUUAAAAAAUCUGUACAUUUUUAGUGAUAUUUGAGGUCAACUAUAUUCACAAUUAACAAAACGUGGAAAUAAUUAUUGCAAUUGUGAGAAUUCCAUAUUUUAAUACUAAUUUUGGUGAAUAGUGUUUUAGUUAAUUUUAAAUUAUUUAAAUUAUCAAAGCAAUUAUUGCAUAACAUAAUUUAAAAUGAAAACAAGUCUACCAUACAGACAGUAUGAAAUAGCGAAAAAUUAUUGAAUUUAUUCGAUCAAAGUCUUUUUUGGAGUGAAUACAUACUAGAAGAUAAUAAAAAAUUUUUAUACGCUUCACAAUGUUUAUUGAUGAUAUAAUUUACGUUGGUAUUUUAUUGGGAAGUAUUGCUUUUGGAGAUAUAUUUCGGAAAAUAAAAAAUCCAAAUACAAAACAAUGGGUCAGCACUACAGUAGGAUUUAUAAUUGCAUUUAUUGUAUCAGGAUGGCAUAUUGUCCAUCCAAUUUGUAUAACUUUUAUUAAUGCUCUUAUUAUUUCUCAACUAUCUCACAAAAUAAGGCAUACAGUAGCUUUUGUCUUCUCAUUUUUUUAUCUCUUAGUGAUCUUCCGUUCAGCAGACUGGUUUGGACUUCCAAUUUCUCCUGGUCAUACAAAUCUAAUCCUGAUGAUGAUGACCUUAAAAUAUGCUGGUUUAGGAUUUGAAAUAAAAACUGCUAUUGAAGAAUUAAAAGAAAAUCCAGAUGUUGAUUGUUAUAAAGCGAUGAAGAACAUUGGAAUGAUUGAUGUUGUACAUUAUGGAUUCAGUUACAUGGGUAUACUGACAGGGCCAUAUUAUAGAUAUAGAACAUAUUGGGAUUGUAUUAAUCGCAAUUUCGCAGAUUAUAUUGAUUGUUGGGAAAUAACUUUUAGUAAAUUGAAAAUUAUAUCGAUAAAUGCGGUAAUUUUUUUCGUAUCAAAUUACUGUUUCCCUUACACUUAUGCCUUAACAGACGAUUUUAUGGAAAGAUCGUAUUGGUACCGAGUUUGGUAUGUCUAUCCAACAUUUGUCACUUUUAGAACGAGAUUAUAUGUCGGAAUGAUGUUUUCCGAGUGUGUUUGUCAAAUGGCUGGAUUGGGAGCAUAUCCAAUAAGCUCACAACCACGAUCUGGACUUGGUCCUAAAGACUAUAAAGUAGCGACCCAAAUUGUUUUAAAUCCGGAAAAAAUAAAAGAAGAAAAAAUGGACUUUGUAACAGUACAUAAUAUAAAUAUAAGAGGAGUUGAAACGGCAUAUUUAGUUAGAGAUGCUAUGAAACAAUGGAAUAUUACUGUACAAUAUUGGAUGGCGACCUAUGUAUACAAAACUUUUCCUCACAAAGUUCUUCGAGUAUACUUGACCUUCAUUAUAUCUGCAGCUUGGCAUGGUCAUUAUUUUGGUUACUAUGUCUGUAUAUUUUCAGUACCAUUUUAUCUUCCAAUUGACGAUCUUUAUGUUAAGUUUUAUAACCAAAGUAAAGAAGGCAGUUUUGCGAAGAAAGCUUGGUGGUUCUUUCUCUGGUUUUGCAGAUUUUCGUGUAUGGCUUAUUUAGGUUUUGGUUUUCAAUUAUUAUCAUUCGAAAAUAAUUAUCGAUAUUAUUGGAAAGCAGUCUAUAUGAUUGGCCAUAUUGUUGCAAUAAUUGUUUAUAUUGUAGGAUUAGGAAUAAAACCAUUUCUACUUGUUAAUGGUGAUAGUAAAAAAAGGCUGUGAUUUAUACAUAAAAGUGUUUGCCAUAUUUAUUAUUAUUUAGAAACUUAUAUAUACUUGCUUUUAUAUUGGAUAUAUAUAAAUAUAAUAGUAUUUUUGAAAUAUUACGUGUUAUUAACUGAAGUUUUGUAAAAAUAACACUUAAAAUUCAAUUACUUUUACCGAUGAAA